GCCCGCAUGCUGGCCACCGUCUUCACCGCGCUGGCCGGGCUGCUGCUCGUGCCGCUGCUCGCCGCCCUGUGCUGCCCCUACCUGUUCCAGGACGUACGCUACUUCGUGCGCCUGGCGGGGCUGGUGCGGCGCUUGCAGAGCUACGGGCGCAGGCGCCCGCCGCCCACCGUGCUGGGCGCCUUCCUGGAGCACGCGCGCCGCUCCCCGCACAAGGCCUUCCUGCGCUGCGGGGACCAAGCGCUGACCUACGCGCAGGCCGACCGGCGCAGCAGCCAGGCGGCGCGGGCGCUGCACGGCCUCGGCCUGCGCCAGGGCGACUGCGUGGCCCUCUUCAUGGGCAACGAGCUGGCCUACGUGUGGCUGUGGCUGGGGCUCGCCAAGCUGGGCUGCCCGAUGGCCUGCCUCAACUACAACAUCCGCGCCAAGUCCCUGCUGCACUGCUUCCAGUGCUGCGGCGCCAAGGUGCUGCUGGCCUCCCCAGAACUACAAGACGCUGUUGAGGAGGUACUGCCAAGCUUGAAGAAAGACGGAGUGUCCGUCUAUUAUGUCAGCACGACAUCCAACACCGAGGGCGUCGACUCGUUCCUGGACAAAGUGGAUGAAAUGUCGGGGGAACCCGUCCCAGAGUCCUGGAGGUCUGAAGUCACUUUUUCUACUCCUGCCUUGUACAUCUACACUUCUGGAACCACAGGCCUCCCAAAGGCUGCAAUGAUCAAUCAUUACCGCAUCUGGUAUGGAACGGGCCUCAGCAUGGUCAGCGGGUUCCGGAGCGACGACGUCGUCUACACCACGCUGCCCCUGUACCACAGCGCGGCGCUCAUGGUCGGCUUGCACGGCUGCAUCGUGUCCGGUGCUGCAAUGGUUUUGCGGAAGAAAUUUUCAGCCAGCCAGUUCUGGGACGACUGCAGAAAAUACGACGUGACCGUCAUCCAGUAUAUCGGUGAACUGCUCCGGUACUUGUGCAACACACCCCCGAAACCUAACGAUCGGGAUCAUAAAGUAAGGGUGGCACUAGGCAACGGCUUACGCGGAGACGUGUGGAGAGAAUUUAUCAAGAGAUUCGGGGACAUCCAAAUCUACGAGUUCUACGCUUCCACGGAAGGCAACGUGGGGUUUCUGAAUUACCCGAAGAAGAUUGGCGCUGUGGGGAGAGUGAACUUCCUGCAAAGAAAAAUCGUGCAUUAUGAGCUGAUUAAAUACGAUGUGGAGAAAGACGAACCCGUCCGGGAUGAGAACGGCUUUUGCGUCAGAGUUCCCAGAGGUGAGGUCGGACUCCUGAUUUGCAAAAUCACACAACUGACACCAUUUAACGGCUACGCUGGGGGGAAGAGCCAUACAGAGAAGAAGAAGCUGAGAGACGUCUUCAAGAAAGGAGAUGUCUAUUUCAACAGCGGAGACCUCCUAACGAUCGACCAUGAGAAUUUCAUCUACUUCCACGACAGAGUUGGAGAUACAUUCCGGUGGAAAGGGGAGAACGUGGCCACCACCGAAGUCGCUGACAUCAUGGGCCUGGUUGAGUUUGUCGAGGAGGUGAAUGUGUACGGAGUACCCGUGCCGGGUCAUGAGGGUCGAAUUGGAAUGGCCUCCAUCAAGAUGAAAGAAAACCAUGAGUUUGAUGGAAAGAAACUCUUUCAGCACAUUGUUGAUUACCUGCCAGCCUACGCGAGACCCCGCUUUCUGCGGAUACAGGACACCAUUGAGAUCACUGGGACUUUCAAACACCGCAAAGUGACCCUCAUGGAGGAGGGCUUUAACCCCACCGUCAUCAAAGACACCAUGUAUUUCUUGGACGACACGGCAAAGACGUACGUGCCUAUGACUGAGGACAUUUAUAAUGCCAUCAGCAACAAAACGCUGAAGCUGUGAGCAUUGCUGGGAGGACAACUCAUCACAGUUCUUGAAAGAAGCUGAAUGGACCCAGUACAGCCUCUUGAUAUAAUCCAACUUUAAUUCGAUUGAAGAUUAUGAGGGCAAUUUUUUUAGGAAAGUAUGCCUACCAGUGAGGGGAGGGUUUUUUUAAAAGUACACCUCAACUUUUACACAUGAAAAUAUUUAGAGAUAAUUAUUUUUUCAAUAUGCACCUACCCUUUGUAUUUGCAAACUGGCCCAGUUGGAGGGAGGGUCUUGGUUUUUUUAAAAAAUGGAUAAUAAAAUAGAUGGGGGAGGGGGUGCAAAAAGAUAAAAUAAAAUAGAUGAACACCAACAUAUGAA